CGGGAAUUUCGGCUCAAGGUCAACUUUAAAGUCACCUGUUCGUGUUUAUGGAUGUAGCCCGUCCUAGUCCACACAGAAUCACAAGAAAAAGUUUACUUCAAGUGGCUGAGUAAUGAGUUACAUAUUUUUAGUAGCUGUUUCAUUUAGAUUAGUAAUAAAGUCGCAAAUAGAAUCUUCCGUGCACCGAAUUCCAGAUGAAAGUUUCCCGGACGUUCAGAAUUUUCUCGCAGUUUUAGAAAAUCUAUUCUACCAUGGCUUGAGAUCCUAUAAUUUUCUGGUUGGGAAGACUAUCCCAAAACACCCCUGGUGUCUCAUACUUCAAUUAUCUAAUUUGCCCAGUUUUUCACAUACGUCUUCAGUGAAACUUCUUGACCAUCUCAAGAGUGAUUUCUCAAAGCUUCGAGCUUGGAUCAAACUGUCUAUUGUUAGGUGUUGUCUGCACUCCGCAAUGUUAGAUUUAGUUCAACUGAAGCCCAAUUUGACGAAAUAUUAUUCCCGGGAUGCUAUCUUCCGUUCUGAAGAAAUAUUUAAUCUAAUUGAUUCUCUCGUAGGAUUGGAGAAUGUACAGUUUAAUUUGGACUUUAAAACUGAACUCGUGGAAUAUUCCUAUUGUGUUCCUCCAAUUGACUUCUCGCCUUUUCUUUUGUUCAAGCAGAGUUUAGAAACAAAACUUAGUGCAAUUUGUGAAUGUCAAAACGAGAAUACUGAAGAUAGAAAGUCGAGAUGUAUGUGGCGCCAUGGAUUUGAGAAAUUAAAACAAAAUCAGGUCUAUUCCUUAGAGCAACUGCAUUAUCAUGAAGAACUGAUUCAAAAACAGUUUACCCAGUUAAAUAAAUAUAAAGAACAAUUAAACUGUUAUGAAGAGACGACUGCGAGUCUGGAAAGUUACAUUUUGGAAUUACAAGUUAAGUUAACACUUAUCCAUGAACAAUAUGACCAAGAGUUAAAACGUCUAGGUGUUAAUCAGCCACGAUUAACGGCUCCAACAUUUCGUAAUAUACCAAAUCGGUUUCAAAAAAUACAUGAUAUCAAUGAAAAACCGUCAAAAAUCUCAUCAUUUCUAAAUCCGUCAAUAAAGCUCAUUGAUGAUGCUACUUGUGCUAAUGCUACUACCAGCUAUCAAAUGCCAUCAAUCUUAUCAGUAGAUCAAGGUAUUGAUGCAUUAAGCCUGGAAGAUUCUUCGAAUCCUGAAAUAGAUAGCAAUAAUAAUCACUCAACAUCAACAUCACUUGUCGAGCAUAUUCCCAGUGAAUCGAAACCAUAUCGUUCAGUUAAAUUUACCGAAUCUAAUUCACAUAUAAAAAAAAUCGAUCAAGAUUCAUGUGUUUCGCCUAUGGACGUAUCAAAUAGAAAGUCAAAUUCAAAACGUCUACCUUUACCCAUAAAAGCACGUUCUAAUUCUCCAACUACUACUACUACAAAUAGUAGUAGUUAUCCUAGUUCAAUAAGUGAAUCAUCUCAGCAAAAAUACAACAAAUCAAAGAGUCCAUUGAAACCAAAAAAUUCUGGUCAAACAUUUCAUCAAAAAUCAAAAAUGCUUGUUAGUGUUCAAGAAAUACCAUCUGAACGUUUCAUCCUGCCAGAUAAUUCAUAUUCUACUGUAUCUUUUCCUAAUAAUAGUUCACCAAAAACUCUCGAGAGUAUGACAGUUGUCGUAAAACCAAGAAGUCAUAGCUUAUUCUCUUGUUAUGUCCCGAAGAUAUCUACGAAUGAAGUGGAAGGCAUUAUUCGACAUGUCGAUAGUCUUAUGAAUCCACAAACAACCAUGAAAAAUGGUACAGUUAAUACAAUCACAACAACACCAACAAAGGAUACAACGAUACAAGCAUCGAACACUGUUGAUGGUAAAGAUGAUAUUGUUAUUGAUGAUCAUUUACUUGAGUGCAAAAAUCAAUGUUCAAAUCUUGUUCUAUUUGAGGCAGGCUUAAUUGAUUCAAUAACUAGUAGUGAAAUUAUGGAAACUUCAUCUGAAUAUAAUCCAAGUGAUCGAUUACAUUCUUCAACUACACGAGAAUAUUAUCAUUUAACAUCAGAAGAAGAUUUAGGAAAUAGUGAUGAGGAAGAUGUGGAUGAUGAUGAUGAGAAAAAUAAUGAUAGUGACAAUAAAACAUCUAAACUACAACAAGAACAAGAACAUGAAACAACCAUUUGAACAAAACAGUGUCAGUUCACCAUGAGUAGAGACAAUAUUCAAGCCUAUUACUACUACUACUACUACUACUACUACUACUACUACUACUACUACUACUCUAACCACUAUUAAUAAUAGUAGGAAAAGUAGUAGUUGUUGUUCUGUGAUUGUUACAAAAGAAGAAAUUGGUGAUAAUAUUUAUUACUCAUUUCACUUCUAUUUUUAUACUCAACUUUCUACUUAUCCUGGUGAUAAAUAAUACAAUAACAAGUACUACUGUACUCUGGUUUUAUUCUUCCUAACCUCAUCCAAAUUCAAAUGUUUCAUUGCGUUUAACCUUUAUAUUUGAAUUUAUAAAUCGUGUCUAUAAAUUGUCUUCUGUGUACAUAGUUUUAAUUCGUGCGAAAAUUCAGAUUAUUUGUUUUAUUGAAACGUUUCAGAUUCUCUUUAUUUCUUUCAUAGACUUCUCCAUUUUUAAAAGUGUUUAGUCAUUUGUUUAUUUAUUUAUUUAUUUACCCAUGAGAAAAACAGUACAGAUUUUAUGAUUGUUCUUCUUUUUUUAUCAACUAAACAAAAAGAAACUGAUUUUAAUAUUCAUUUCCUUUCAAGAUGUUAUAGGUUGUUUGGUUUAUUUCAAGAAAGAUAAAAAGAAGCAAAUUCAAUGUCAUUCUAUAUAUCAUUAUCAUUAGUACUGCUUAUCCUUAUCUUUAAAUAAAGCCAGAACAAAUAUUGAUGCAGAAUAGUAUGAAUCCAUCUUAUUUUGAGGUUUCUCGUCAGCUGCUUACAACCAAUUACGUAUUAGAAUUUAGUAUUGAGCUAUUGCUAAUAUUAUUACAUU